CACAAAGAAGGGUAAACCGAGAGGGGAUAUAGUUGUAAUUUGACUCCACGAAAGCUUAAAACCCUAGCAAGUGGUUACCACUUCCCGUUCAAUCCAUCGCGUCUCCGCCAUUCUCUUCCGCGUCUCCGCCGUAGUUUUCCAAAACUAAUUCCAAAUGGCUUCGGAGAAGAAGCUAGCGAAUCCGAUGAGAGAAAUCAAAGUGCAGAAACUUGUUCUCAAUAUCUCCGUCGGUGAAAGUGGAGAUCGGUUAACCAGAGCCGCUAAGGUUCUUGAACAGCUUAGUGGCCAAACCCCUGUUUUCUCCAAAGCUAGGUACACCGUCCGGUCCUUCGGUAUAAGAAGGAAUGAAAAGAUUGCAUGCUAUGUCACUGUUAGAGGCGACAAGGCAAUGCAGCUUUUAGAAAGCGGGUUGAAGGUCAAGGAAUACGAGUUGUUGAGGAGAAACUUCAGUGAUACCGGAUGUUUUGGCUUUGGUAUCCAGGAACACAUUGAUUUGGGAAUCAAGUAUGAUCCAUCUACUGGCAUUUAUGGAAUGGAUUUCUUUGUGGUGUUGGAGCGACCUGGAUACCGCGUGGGACGUCGUCGCCGAUGCAAGGCACGUGUUGGAAUCCAGCACCGUGUCACAAAGGAUGAUGCCAUGAAGUGGUUCCAAGUUAAAUAUGAAGGUGUUAUCCUGAACAAAUCCCAUGCAAUUUAGUCAGAUCAGGCCAUUCUUAAGUAUGAGUUCUAAAUUUUGUUGUGUGAAGUUUGACCUUUCUUUAAUCGGUAACUUAUAUUUCGGUAUCGGUAUGCAUAUUACUUUUUACCAGUUAUGUAAGUUGUUCAUUUUCUUUUUCUCUAAACAUAAUCAAAUUUUGACACCAA